UGAAGAAGAUGUACAGAUAAUAACUAAUGAUGUUAUAUCCUUAUUAAGGGAAAGUCGCAGAGUAUAUCUGCCAAAAAAAUAUAUAUCUAAAGACUGUCUUGCUAUUCUUGUUUUUUUUAAAAAAGAAAGAAUUAAAAGUGCAUCAUUUUGCCUCAUUGACAAUUCCACAAUUGGGAAACUCCUUAAGUCAUGGCAAUUUGAGAAAUAGGAAACGCUUUAUCAAAACAUUUUAAGUGGGUUCAAAGGAGUCAGACCACAGUGACUGCAGUUUUACACAUACAAGCACAUUCUCAACAAAAGAGGAAGUGGCUAGGUGCUUUUACAUGAAUCACAGAGAUCCUUUGAAAAAGAAAAAAAGGUGGACCUAAAACACUAUAAAUACCCUUCAGAGCUUCUUGACACCAAUGACUAGUUUGGACGACACAGAGACAACAACAAUGAUAGCUUUACUGCUGCUGGCGCUGGUCGCUCACUCCUUCGCUCUGCCUCUGCCAUCUGAGGACAAAGACAACCAGCUGUUAGCUGAGAAGUACCUCCGUCGGUUCUAUGGGCUCCCAGCUGGUCUCCAAGGUCGACAGAGGUCAUCGGGCCCUCUUCAGACCAAGAUCAUGGAGAUGCAGAAAUUCUUCAAACUCAAGGUGACGGGGAAUCUGGACGACAACACUCUGGAGCUGAUGAAGCAGGCCAGAUGUGGCGUCCCUGACAUCGGGGAGUACAACCACUUCCCUAGACACCUCAAAUGGAAAAACAACAACAUCACAUUCAGGAUACUGAACUAUACACCAGAUCUGAUGAAGUCUGAUGUAGACAGAGCCAUCCGCAGGGCGCUGAACAUUUGGUCUGAUGUCACCCCUCUGAUCUUUAAGAAGCUGCACACCGGCAACGCUGACAUUAUGAUCAGCUUUGGACGAAAAGAACACGGUGACUAUAACCCUUUUGACGGGCCUAACGGGUUGCUCGCUCAUGCCUACCCACCGGGCCAAGGCAUCGGAGGAGACACUCACUUUGAUGAGGAUGAAACCUGGACCAAAGACUCAUCAGCUUACAACCUGUUUAUAGUGGCGACCCAUGAGCUGGGCCACGCCCUCGGUAUGUCCCACUCCACAGACGCUGGCGCCCUGAUGUACCCCGUCUACUCCUACGGUACAGGCUACCCGCUGGCUGAGGACGACAUCGAAGGCAUCCAAGCUCUCUACGGCCCGAACCCAAACCCGAGGAAAGUGAAGCCAAAGCCUGACGCACCAAACAAAUGUGACCCCGAGUUGAGUUUUGACGCUGUCACUGAGCUCAGAGGGGAAACCAUCAUCUUCAAAGACAGGUUCUACUGGCGUCUCCAUCCUCAGAUGCCGGAGCCUGAGCAGACACUGAUCAAGUCCACGUGGCCCACCCUCCCCAACAAGGUGGACGCAGCAUACGAGAACCCCGAGAAAGAUCAAGUCAUCAUAUUUAGUGGGAUCCGGAUGUGGGCUUUGAAUGGAUACAACCUUGUGGACGGUUACCCAAAGUACAUACACAAACUUGGUCUUCCCAAGAAAGUCAGGGAAAUAGAUGCGGCCGUGCACAUCGCAGACACCGGGAAAACUCUGCUCUUCACUGAGGAAGACUACUGGAGCUAUGAUGAAGCAACAGAAACCAUGGACAGCGGCUACCCACGAACCAUUGAGGAAGAUUUUCCUGGGAUGGAUGACGAGUUUGACGCUGCUGCUUAUCACUAUGGAUACUUGUAUUUCUACCAUGAACACAUGCAGUACGAGUACAGUUACAACUCGAGGAAGGUCAUUCGCAUCAUGAGGACCAACUCCAUUCUCAACUGCUGAUCCGCAAACAUCAGCAAUGACUUAAAUAUACAUGUGGCUGCACAACACACCUUCACAAUAAACAACAAUAUACACAAGCAUACAUGUUAAAAAGAGAGACAUAGGAAAUGGAGACAUGCAGGGUUGACCUGCAGUUAAAGUUAAGAUAACAAAGUUUAUUUUUAUUAGUGCUGGACACCUGUUAGGUCAUAAUUUGUCAGACACAGAAUGCUGGAAAAUUCCUCAGAAAUAUAUUUCUGUUUUAUUUAUUUUUACAUGUCUAUAUUUGUACUACAAGUUUCACUAUGGACAGCAAGAUCCUUAGCAGGUUAAGUUUCUUGUCUUUGUGAGCUCAUUAUUUGACUACAUGUUCCACUAACAUCUGUAUUUCAACAAAGAGCUUAGCAGUUUAAUAUAUUCUGUGUUUGUUUUUAGAUUUUUGUGUGUUUUGUGAAUCACUGUCACAGUCUGGCACUGUGUCCAGACGCCCUCAGACUUUUUGUACUGAGAUGUUUUCUGUGUUUUGGGUUUUCUGUACCUCUGUUGUCCGUCUACACAUCUGCUCUGAAUCAGCCUCGUUAGCUCCUCCCAUCCAAUCAGCUCCCAGCUCGUUCUCCUGCCCAUAAUCACCUGUUUCCCCUCCUCACCUGAGCUUCUCCCCCAUCUCUCCACCUGCUCUUCAUCCUCUUGUCAGACCAGUUUGUAUUUUUUCAGUCUUUGUUGGAUCCUUGGUUUUGUUAUGUUCAGUUCUGUCUCACCUGCACCAAACCUUAAAUUAAAGUUAUUUAUCCUA